AACCACACAGAAUACAAAAUUGUAGUAUAUUUGAUGAGGUGUAUACACACAACGAAAAUGGCGACGCUAGAUUAAAGAGGUGUCUCGGUGGUGUAUUGUCCGCAUGUAAUGUUAAAUAAUAUAAAAUAACAGAAAUGUGGCAGGACUUGGAUACUCUGACUAGUUCGGCAGUCAAUUCUGGGUCUCAACAAGUUGAUCAAUUCAGCACGACAGAAUUAACACCAGAGCAACAAAAAAUUCUCAUUGACAUUCGUCGAAAAAAGACUGAACUACUACUUGAAAUUCAGCAAUUGAAAGAUGAACUUGGAGAAGUUGUCGCCGAGAUGGAAGCUAUGGAUGGAGGUGGAUUCACUGUUGACGAAUCAAAUAAGCCGUCAAAUAAAACAAAACAGACAUCAAUUGGACGUAAAAAGUUUAAUAUGGACCCAAAGAAGGGUAUCGAGUACCUGAUUGAGCAUAAUUUAUUAGCACCUACGCCUGAAGACGUCGCCCAAUUUCUUUACAAAGGCGAGGGAUUAAAUAAAACAGCUAUCGGUGAUUAUUUAGGAGAAAGACAUGAUUUUAAUGAACGUGUAUUACGUGCGUUUGUUGAACUACACGAUUUUACGGAUCUCAUACUUGUCCAAGCACUCCGACAAUUUUUGUGGUCAUUCAGAUUACCCGGUGAGGCACAAAAAAUAGAUCGUAUGAUGGAGUGUUUUGCUCAGAGAUACUGUCAACUUAAUCCAAAUAUUUUUACAAAUACUGAUACAUGUUAUGUAUUGAGUUUCGCUAUUAUUAUGCUCAAUACUUCUUUGCAUAAUCCAAGUGUCAAAGACAAACCUAGUGUCGAACAAUUUAUAACGAUGAAUCGGGGAAUCAACAAUGGGGGAGACUUACCACGUGAAUUACUUGUUAGUUUGUACGAAAGUAUAAAAACGGAGCCAUUUAAAAUACCCGAAGACGAUGGAAAUGAUUUAAUGCACACGUUUUUCAAUCCUGAUAAAGAAGGCUGGCUUUGGAAACAAGGCGGACGCUACAAGAGUUGGAAGAGAAGAUGGUUCAUUCUCAACGACAAUUGUCUUUAUUACUUUGAGUAUACUACUGAUAAAGAACCGCGUGGGAUUAUUCCAUUGGAAAAUAUUCAAGUUAGAGAAGUUCAAGAUAGGCAUAAACCUCAUUGCUUUGAACUUUAUGCUGCAGGGUCCGAGUUUAUUAAAGCGUGUAAAACGGACAGUGAAGGAAAAGUUGUAGAAGGUAAGCAUACUGUGUAUAGAAUGUCUGCUGCAACAGAUGAAGAAAAAGACGAAUGGAUAAAAUGUGUAAGACAAAGUAUAUCACAUAAUCCAUUUUAUGAUAUGUUGGCCGCGCGAAAGAAAAAAGCGCAAAAAACAAAUCUUCACUCCAAGAGUUAAAAUAAAUUAUAAAAUUAUAAUACUCCAAGAGUAUAAACAUUAAAUAAUGUAUAGUAAAGUACAAUUUCCGGUCACACGAAUAUCCAAGAUCAGGUGAUUUAUGAUUACAAUCAUAAAAAUAAAUAAUAAUAAUUUUUCUAAUCAAACUUUCUUAGAUGUAUAUAAUAAUUGUUUGGAAUUUGUUUGUUGUCUAUAAUAUGCGUUUAUUUUUUUUUCGCAAAUAGUGUUGCUUAGUAUAUAUACAUACAUUAUAUAUAUACACAUAAAUAUAUAUAAAUAUUUAUUUUGUAAAAGUCUGAAAUGUCUUCUGUAUAUCUUCGCUUGUGUAUGAAUAUUAUUUUUUAUCGGAAGAAAAAAAACGUACAGUAAUAGUUGUAUAGAUUUAAAAAAAAUAAUGUGGGAUUUUACGUCGUGUAAACGUAAGUUUAUGUGAUAGUUUAUUUAUUAAAGCAUAUAUAUAUGUUUAGUUAAUUAAGAAAUCAAGUAUUUGUUUGGCCAUAUGAAAAUAUAAUAUCGAUUGUUUCGUUAUAUUAAAUAAUUAGGCUUGCAUCCUCAUGUAAUAAUAAAAAUAAUUAUUAUUAUAAUAUAAUGUAAGUAGAGCAAAACAGUCAAGCUCAUACAAUAAACAUAUAAAAUAAUGAGGUUUACAAGCAAUUUCAGUUAAUAACUGAUUUAUUUUGCUUCAGGGUUAUAUAUAUAUAUAUAUAUACCGAGUACUGUUCGUUUUAAUGUAUGACGUAAAUGCUCGUUAUAAAUUAUGCUAAAAAAAACUAAGUACAUGACACUAGAAUAUAUAUUUUAAAUUUAAUUAUUUGAUAUUUAUAUUUUAUUAAUUAAAAAUAAGAGAUUAUUGUGCGUGUUAAAUAUUGCACGCAGUACUGGCCAAGUUUAUUUAUAAAACUCAACGAAUUAAUUAUUAAAAAAUAUUUAUAAUAAUUAAAACUAUCAAUUUUUUUUUCGUAUGUGAAAAAAAUUAACACAUCGAAGAAGCCUUAUUAAAUAUUUAAAUGUUUAAAAUUUAAAAAAUGCAUAAAUAUUAAUUUUUUCCAUAGUUAAAUUUUAAAAUAUAAAUUAAUUUGCGUUGAAAUGACGCGUGUAGACAUAUAUUAUCGUCGGGUAUUAUAUAAUAAAGAAAAAAAUAUAUAUGUAUUAUAAAUAUAUACUAAACGAUGGAGGAAAAUGAUCUACGAAACGAAUUAUCGGUCAGUUCCACAGAAAAAAAAAAAAAAAAAAAAAAAAAAAACUAGUCGAACCGUCCAAGCAGCUCGUUUCUCUUCGUCGGAAUAAUAGUAAUGAUUUUUUUUUAUCCUGUGUAAAAAAAAUUUAUUCCAAAAACGUUCAUGACAGUGAACUUUCAAAAUUGAGACGAACUUUAAGUUUAACAUUUUUGGAAUUUUGAAAAAAUUAUAAAAUGAACAAUUUGCAACUGGUGUAGGCUUUUCCUGCGCAUUUGUUUUUUAUUUUUUGAGCAAAAAUAAUUUGAUUCGAUAAUUAAUAAGUGAUUAGAACUAAUUCCGAACUUAUUAUGAACUCUCGAAAUGGUAAAAUCAAAUCAACUUUGCUUAAAAAAUUAAAAAAAAACUGCACAAAAAGUGGAUUCUACUUGAAAAUUUUCCACACUUGUAAUUAUUUUAGUUCCAAAAAUAUUCAACUCAAAGUUCAGAAUUGUCUCAAUUUUGAAAGUUCACUGCCAAGAAAGUUUUUGGAACAUUUUUGUAACGAAUUUUUUUUUCACGGGAUUAUACAGUUUAUUUGUGUAGUUCUUUUUUGAAAAAAUUUAAUACGUUAAAAGACAUAAAAAAAUAAUAAUCAUGGCUAUUUGAAUAAAUGCCUUGAUAUAUAAAUUAUUGAGUUAAUUAAAAAAGGAGUAAUUAGCACACAAAAAAUUAUCAUUUAAUAAAAUCUUUAUAAAUAUUAUAUUGUGCGUCAUCAUAAAUAUAAAUUAAAAAAAUAUGAACAAUAAAUUAAAAAAAAUUUGUUAAUAUUUAAAAAAAAUAAUUCAUUUCAAUAAAUAGUAUUCACAAAUGCAUAUUCAAUAAAUCAAAAUAGUAAUUAA